AUGGAGGCUGCCCACGACUCUAGCAGAGGUGGAGCGGCGCAGCAUGCUUCGACUGCGCAAAGCCUUGCGAGAAUUCUGAGGGAGCAUAGAGACAUACAGCGCAAUGCUUCGCCUCACUGGACGGCAGCUCCUCUUUCCGUGAGUAUUCUGCUGUUCGCAGACGAGGCUCUCGAGGAGCCACGAGAGUGGCACUUUACGCUGAGAGGACCACCGGAUUCUCCGUUCGAGGGGGGUCUGUACCAUGGGCGUAUAGUGUUGCCAAAGAACUACCCGUUUGCUCCUCCAUCUCUGAUGCUGCUUACAAGAAACGGCAGAUUCGACAUCAACAAAAAGAUAUGCUUAAGCGCCAGCAGCCACCACCCUGAGCUCUGGCAGCCUGCAUGGGGCAUUCGCACUCUUCUCGAUGCACUGUGUGCCUUCUUCCCCACGCCAGCUCAAGGGGCUCUUCAUGCGUUAGAGGCCUCAGAAAAGGACCGGAGACAGAUGGCCCUCGAGAGCGCCUCUUGGGUGUGCCCAGUUUGCAAAAGACCCAACCGGCAACUUGUUGAAGAGGGCUGCGCCGCACCGUCCAACACUUUACCAGAACUACCUGAACAGUUGCAGGCUCAGGCCCUCCUUGCGAGGGACAGAGGCAAGGAGCAGCCCUCGAAGACAGAGGCUGUUCAGGGGCCAUUGCCGAACUCCCAGGUUGGGAGCCCGUCCGAUGUUGGCACAGCUGCGGCAGUGCCACCUUCCAGAAGCAACAGCGGCAACAACAGUGGCAACAGUGCUGCGAACAUCAGCAGUGGCAGCGAUGGACUCUCUGUUACGCGGGAUGCUGGGGUUUUGCCAACGGGCAGGCGACCUGCUCGGCCUCAGGCUUCUUCAUUCUGGGCUUACCGGCUUGCCUCCCAGGUUUUCUCUGCUGCUCCCCUCGCCUUCGCUCAACAGCUGAUCCUUCGGGAUCUGCCUUCACUUGCCAUCAGCAACAGUUAUAAAAGCGCCAAGAGCAUCCUCUAG